AUGCCAUCCCGACUUGGACCUUCGGCGGCAUCAACCGCGGUAUGCUUGGGAGACGAGAUUCAAGAGAUCUCGGACGAAGAGCAGAGACAGAUGCGGAUCGAGCUGGAGCGCGUCAAGGAUGAACAUGUCGAGAAGUGGGAACUCGAGCUCGAGAAGUCGAGUGGAACUCGACCCAAGACCUCUCAUUCCAGGAGGAAACGAUACAAGGCAGAUGGUACAUCACUCGAAUCAGGAAACCCAGAUGACACGAAUAGAUCACUCGCAUCCUCGCGAGGGAGCGACCUGGCCAUACACCACUACCAGGACGCUGCUAGGGGUUCCGAUCCGUCUCCCAGGGCCUUUCAGAGGCUCGAGCUAGAUCUCGACAAGACACGUCUUCGUACCCCCUCCGCUACCAGUCAGAGCUCUAAACGAGCGAGCGAACUCUACCGUGUGACUUCAGGAACCACUUAUACGGACAUGGAGAGUGCGACGUCGGGGGGUCGAUCCACCAUCUCCGCCAGAAAGGAACGUCUACUCCGUCUGGCAGCAGAGAGGGGAGUGGGCAUCACGCCAGUGACCGACUUUGAAGAGAUGGAGCAUAUUCAAGAAGGGAUCGAGUCUCACUACAAUAUUCAAGGGAACAUUUCGCAAAAGGGAGAGCGGGUACAAGGCCUCUGUUUGGCCGACGAGUGGGCCGACGAGAUGGAGGCAGAAGAGAUGGAGGAAGAUUUCGCGUCAGACUUUCCUGUACCUCCCGGGAUGCAAGAUCAACCUGGCCUGACGGGUUUGGGGAUUCUGGGACCAGACAUGUUCGCCCAGCCCUUUGGCACCGGACAAGGACAGCAAAAGACGAAAUCUGCGGGUGGUUUGAGCCGCUUGAUCAGGAGACGGCGCAACUCGGGAACCAGCCAAGCUAGCGGUUCGACCACCAGCGCUCCCUCGUUCACCGCGAUAGGUCCGACGCCCGAGCCAUGGGUGACAUCUCCCCAGGUAUCGGUAGCUGCUUCUCAUCGCACUCAACAGACCAACCAAUCCGACACCCACUCUCGAACAGCUGCCAGCGAAAGAGGCAGCGACAAGACUUCGAGCAAGCGAGGUGCUCUCAAAGCGUUUUUCAAGGGUGUUUCUGGAAGCAGCGCUCCCAGUUCUAGAGGUAUCGAGAAUAUAGCUCGUCGAUCGGACAGAAACGGCCCGUCGGGGUUACCCCCAUACCCAGCGGCCCUACAGCCCAUCCCCAUCCUGAAGACCAGUACAUCGCUAUCGGCAUCUCGUUCCGAGGGAAAUCUUCCCGCUGCAUUAAGAGACCAAACUCGAGUCCCGGCUGCUCUUGUUGACAUCACUACUGAGCGAGAGGCCUCCAAGCCGUCCGGAAAGCAAGACCCGUCGGCUACUUCCGUAAAACAGACACAAAACCUCAAUCCCGAUCAGGAUCGAUCAAGGAAUGAUAUCACCCCUACAAUGGCCAAAUCUGAGAACGAUACCGACAACGAUGUGCCAGCGAUACCAGCGUUCCCUUGCGAUCUCAGAUCGUUACUGGAUGUGGUCGCUCACGCCGGUGUCGGCUGGAUACCAACCGAUGUUGAUGCGAGCGGUGCCCUCGGUCUAGAGACGGGUACUCCAGCAUUGCUCCUGUUGUCCGUUCGCAAGAAGCGGCCGCAAUCGCUGGACCUGUCGGAAACUUCCGUCAAGGCGCAGCUGGUUACAGUUCACCUUCACUUGUUCUCAUACACCGCUGCCGACGACAUUCUGGACGAGCCAGGUAGCAUGAACGGGAAACGAUCGAUCUCGUACAAGCUAAAAGGAAGGGACCGUACAGAACUCGCUCGGGCCCAGAUUACCUCGAGCACCGAGAUGAUUGCCAUUCUCAACGACGGAUUCACGAUCGCUAGCCCUUACGUAGAAGGCGUCCCUGCCGAAGACGGCUUGUUGACUGUUCGCUUCAACGGCUCUGGUCUGCACAAAGAAUGGCUCCUUCAACUCAAAACUAUCAUCGCGGAACUCGGAGCCUGUCAGGAUGGCCAAAUUUCCGCACCAGGAUCGGAUACCACGCCCGUCGCAGCCCUUCAAGCUCAAAGUGCAGUCCGGCCUGGCACAGCUUCGAGCUUGUCGCGUCGCAAUUCGGUGCCUUCCAGGCCGAAGCAGCGGUCCGACCUUUCCUCUGAAAGAAGCGGAAUGUCAUCUGUCGGACCAAACGUCGAGUCGCUCUUAUCUUCUGGGCAGCCCACCAUCAAUGGCAUACGUGACAGGCCUCAACGACGCUCGAUCUCGUCCAUCGAAAGUUCAACCCUGCCUUCCGUGGAAAAGGCUCGUCGACAGCCUUCUGUUUUACAACAAGCCAGGGCAGAGAUGCGAGCUGGUAGAAGCCCGACUCCCAUUCAGCCACGGUUUACCAACGCAGCCUUGUCUUCGGCCGAUCCGCCUCCAAGCAAGAUUCGACCAACGAUUAUCAUUCCCGGUUCAAAGGCACCGAUCUCGGCACCGCCUCUGCAGGUUCCCAAACAUGAACCGCCCCCCAAUCCAGCCCAACAUGGUUUACCUCUUGCCUCCCACACCCGAGACAACCGACUGAAUCCAUCAGGGAAUCGACUCUCGAAUGAUUCGAAUCUCGCCUCGUCGGCGGGUUUGACCCCAUCGGCAGGAGCGAUUUCGCCUGGCGUCUUGCACUAUAUUGACCCCGCCAAUGGACGGACGUACGAAAUUCCGCCCGGUAUGCUCGAGGCUUUUCUGGUGGGAUCUAGGAUGGUGGGAGAUGGAGGUGGGCUGGUGAACCCAGGCGCAAGGGGUGGUACGGUAGGAGAUGGACCAGUACCAGUCGGCGCGCUCCUGGAUCAAACUCUAUCCGGUGGUAGACAUCAAUUCGACACGCGCAUGGCGUACGAUGCCUCGACGUUGCCUACCCCGCCGUCUUCGACCAAGCUGAGGGCGAAUUAUAGGUUCGAGGACAACUCGUACGACAACCAAUCCGCUGCAUCCGUGCCGAUGAGCGAGCGGGUACGAAAAGAAUCUUCGACCUCGUCUGGCGUUUCGCCGAGUCCGCACCUGUUGCCCACGCCGUCGCCUUCGACCACCAUGACGUCUGACCUGGUCGACGACACACGCAGCAUGGGCACGUUUGGAACGCCCUCGUCAACGGCCGGAUCGAGCACUCAAUAUUCGACCGAGAGCAAGCGACGAGAAAGGAGGGGGAACUUGAGGGAUCGAAUGCGCCAGAUGAAGUCGCAACAUCAGGCGGCUGGCAAGACCUUGGAUAUCAUGGCAGAAGCAGAGACUGCCGACCCUUGGGAAGAACCUGAAGAGACGAUCAUGGACAAUGCCCCGAAGCGCGAUCCGGUCGUUCGUUUCGCAUGAGGGCAACAGCUUAGCGCCGUCGAUCACACGCCAUGUCAGGUCUGAAGAGCGUCAUCCUGGCUUACACAUCGGAAUGGCGGGCGGAAAGGAGAAAUUCUGGAAAUAUAACGGACGGAAGGAGGAAGAUACCGCCGGGAUUGUCCGCGGACGAAAUGGGGGGGGACUGUCACAGGCUACUGUGACCCGGG